UUUUCUAAAUCAUCGCAAAAUGUCAAAAACAGUGUACAUCAUUGAUGUGGAAAGUGGUAACUUGCAAUCCCUUUCCAAUGCUAUCAAGCGUAUUGGUAACUACGACAUAAAAUUCAUCCACAAUGCUGAAGAAUUUAAACAGUACGAUUCCCAAAUUGAAAAGUUAUUAUUCCCAGGGGUGGGAAACUAUGGCCAUUUCGUCAAAGAAAUCCAUGCCCGUAGUUUGACAGAUCCAAUUAAUGCUUAUAUCAAAAGUGGCCGAUCACUUAUGGGAAUUUGUGUUGGAUUGCAAGCAUUUUUCAAGAGUUCAGAAGAAAGCCCUGAAGCCGAGUUUGAAGGGUUAGGAUAUUUGGAUUUCUCGUUGACUAAAUUUAAUGUUGAAGAUCCAGUAUUUAAAGCUCGUGGUAUGAAGAAAAGUGUCCCACAUAUUGGUUGGAAUCAUGUUUCUGAAAUCACUGUUGGUGGUGAACCUAUUGCUAAAGAUACUUCAUUAUAUGGCAUCAACUCUGUUAACAAGUACUAUUUCGUUCAUUCAUAUGGUGCUAUAUUGACACCAGAAUUAAAGGCUGGUGUAGUUAACAAGUAUGGAAAAGAGCAAGGUUGGGACUUUGCCUUUGCCAGAUAUGGAUCUGAAGAGUUCUUAGCCGCUAUUAAAUAUAAGAAUUUCUUUGCUACUCAAUUCCAUCCUGAAAAAUCUGGUAUUGCUGGAUUAAAAGUCAUCAAGAACUUCCUUGAAGGUAACCAGUUCCCAACUAUUCAAACUGCUGAUAUAGAAACCCAUGAUAAUACUGAAGUUACUUUAAGUGGAUUAUCAAGAAGAAUCAUUGCCUGUUUAGAUGUUAGAAGUAAUGAUGAUGGAGAUUUGGUUGUCACAAAAGGUGACCAAUAUAAUGUUCGUGAAGAAACGGAUGGUGGAGAAUCUAAAGUUAGAAACUUGGGUAAACCAGUUGAGUUGGCUACUAGAUACUAUAACCAAGGAGCUGAUGAAGUUACCUUUUUAAACAUCACUUCAUUCCGUAACUCUCCUUUAAAGGAUUUGCCAAUGUUGCAAGUGUUAUCAAAAGCUGCAGAAACCAUUUUCGUUCCUUUAACUGUAGGUGGAGGAAUUAAAGACAUGAUUGAUCCUGAAACUGGAGCAACUGUUCCUGCUGUUAAGGUUGCUGAUUUAUAUUUCCGUUCUGGUGCUGAUAAAGUUAGUAUUGGUUCAGAUGCUGUUGUUAUUGCUGAAAAUUAUUAUGCCAACAAUAAGCAGAAAACUGGUACAACCUCAAUUGAAUCUAUUUCUGCUACAUUUGGUAACCAAGCGGUGGUUAUUUCUGUAGAUCCAAAGAGGAAAUAUGUUGCUUCACCAAGUGAAACAACCAUGUCCACAAUUAAGAUUGAAGACCCAGCAAGAUACGGUCCAAAUGGUGAACAAUAUUGUUAUUACCAAGUUACAUCACAAGGUGGUAGAAAAGUUCAUGAAUUAGGAGCAUUAGAAUUGUGUUUGGCAUGUGAAGACUUAGGUGCUGGUGAAAUCCUCUUGAACUCAAUUGACCAUGAUGGUUCAAACCAAGGGUACAAUUUGGAAUUGUUGCAACAAAUCAAGCGCAAUGUUUCAAUUCCAGUGAUUGCUAGUUCUGGUGCUGGUGUUCCGAAGCACUUCCAAGAAGUUUUCGAAUUAGAUUGUGGUAUUGAUGCUGCUUUAGGUGCUGGUUUGUUCCACCGCGGUGAAUAUACUGUCAAUGACGUUAAAAGAUAUUUGCAACAAGAAGCAAAUAUGGAUGUAAGGUUGGAUGAUAACGUAGAAUUAUAGAUUAUCAUAUUGCUGUAAAUACAUAUAUAACACUUUGCAUGUGCUUACUACCUAUUAGCGUUAGGCAUUCGCACUUUGUGUGGUAAAAAGCCCGUCUAUAAAAAAUUCUUGUCUCAAAAUUUUUUGGUUGUAAAUCUGAAUGUCUACAUGCCAAGGUGUCAAACAUAACAGAAAUAUGAAGUCU